UCUAAAUGGGUAUUACUCAGAGUUCUAAAUUUUAGAAUGCGGAAGAUAGCCAAUUUAGAUUGCUUUCUGUGCUAUCUAAUAAUGGAUGCGGUGUGAUGUUGUUGUACACUAUUCUACAUAUAAGGAUAAUAAUAUCUGUGAUCGUCGCCAUUUUUGUUUCCAAACAUACACUGAAAAUCUAUACCAAGGAUUAUUUAAAUACAAUGAACAACAGACCUGAAAAGUAUAACAAACUUUCAAGAGAGCAAAUUGAUGCUCUUAAUUACUAUUUUGAGAAUGGCAUGAAAUCUACUCUGUGUUUUGAGCUGAUAAAAACAGCCGCCGAAGAAACGUCGUUGUCUGUGGACAAGGUCAAGAUGAAGUAAAGGGGUUGUCUCACCUGAGUGAAAAAAAUAAAUUGGCUUCUGUCAAAUGGAUUGGUUUAGGAGAAUCCGAGCAAAAUAAAUACAUACAGAAAGCUAAUGACAUGAAAAACAACCCAGUGACAUUAGAUGAUGCUCAAAGAACAAAAUUGGUUGAUCAGCAAAUGAAACUUUUAGCUGAGGAGUUCAGUUACUUGGAGUAUCUUGGUUGCCAGGCCAGCUGCUUACUGGUGAAUGGAAAAAAAGAACUUUAUGUCCUUGGUUCAUCAGGAGGAAAAAGAUUUGUUCACAAUGAACCAGCAGUUUUGUGCAAGUUUCAAGCAAUGUUUGAUGUAGACCGAGAAAAACAGAAAUGGACUCAUGAGGAUGUAAGAAUGCUCUUUAACAAGAAGUAUGGUGAAGCAAAAGGUGUGACUGGUUCUCGCGUUCCAUAUCUUUCUGGUGGUUUUCAUGUUGAAGGACUACCAGAUAACAUUCGCCUAAAGAAGCCACGACAAUAUGGCUCAAAGGAAAUACAAAAAAUCAUGGACUGCCAGGAUAGUAUUUCCUUCAUUCUUGAAACAUCAGAAGGUGCACCUUUGCAAGAUUUUGGUGAAGACUGCAAGGAAUUGCUUAGUAAUGUAUUCGGAAAAUGUGACUUUAAAGUAUCAAAAGAUGUGGCGGUAUUGGAUAUUAAUGAGACACAUAACAUUUCUGAAAUCAAAGAAAUAAUAUCAACACACUGGAAAGUGUUAUGUCCAGAAGCUUUGACAGAGUUAAAAAAAAAAAAUUGAAUGCAUAUGUGUCUCAGGCAAAUCAUUUCGUUUUGCCUGUGUACUGUGAUGAUGAGGAAAGUCAGUUCUGGCUUUUUUCAUAUACGGGAUCUCUACAAGCUCUGCACCAGAUAAGCGCAAGAGGUAAAUUGACAGGAUGUUGGCUAAAUCAUGAGUCAGGCAAUACCUUCCACCUUAUUAAAAAAAAGGAAACAAUCUUUGGAAAAAAUAUUAUUAAGGACAAUGGCAAUGUAAUUUUUGAGACUCAUAGGUUUACUGAUUAUACCCAAACCUUCAUAUUGAACAAGUCCUUUGAAAGGAAAGUUACUCAAAUUUUAUCAAAACAGGGAUACAUAUAGUUUUCAAUUUCACACCAAUGAAAUUGUUUACAAUGGUAAUAGGUAGCACUGCAAUAUGUGCAUUGUAAUCAACUCAGUUUUCAGUUUUAGUUGGAUUGUAGAUAAGCCAGCUUUAGUUGGAUUGAACAUGUAUUUUUAAAAGGUAAUAUUCUACUAUUCACAUAUAAGCCAUGCAGAAUGUCUAAUUCUAUAAUUAAAAUUUCGAAGAUUAAAGCCCAAAAGUAAAAACUA